GGGCUCUGGACGAGAGUACAAAAAAAUAGAUUUUUCGCGUGCAAACAACUUGAGAAAAGACAUACAUUUUUUUAAACGCUUUUUAUUGAUUCCCUUCCUCUAGUAUUUAAAAGAAAUAAAUAAAAUGAACAAAGAACAAGAUUAUGCCUCCGAUACAGAUGAAAGUGAUGAAGAUUUCCGACCAGACAAUGCAGCCGGCGAAUCGCCAGUCAGCGAAGACGAGGAAGAAGAUUGUGAGUCCAAUGAAGAGUUAGCUAAUGGAACACAACACAAGGAUAAACCGGAAAAAAGAAAAAGGCAAAUCAAAAAAUUAACUAAAAAGAAAAAAUCUAAAGUGGAGCAAGAAGACGAGUCAGAAGAUGAUGAAGAUGAAGCCAUACAUACUACUUCAAGGAGAGCAACAAGACAGACAAAUGAUGCUGAUACAAAUGGCAAAGGAAGUACUCUGGAAAAAGAUGAAUUAGUAUCAGAUGAAGAAGAUAAAUCACGUACAAAUGCUCUGUGGGCAGAUUUUCUGAAAGAUGUUAAUCCUACUGCGACAUCCGCAAAAGCUAAUCCUUCCAAAGCCCAAGAAGAUAAACCAAGUUCCUCUAGUAGUAAGGACCAAGAAACGAGUAAAAAGAACAAUAUUUCCACUGAUAACCAAACAACUAGCAGUUUAUCGCCAUCACCAAAAGUGGAAGAAACUAAAAUAGUAGUUACUGAAGUGGUAGAUUUUGCUGGUGAAGAAGUACGUAUACAACGGGAAGUAGAUGCUUCUAGUAUUAAGGAAAAUAAAGCUGCCACAAUACCACCAGCUAAAAAGCAACCCUUUAGUCGUAUUAUGCCAGGUGCGGGUCUUAAAAGAACUAUACCCACGGCCGCAACAGGUUCUGCAGGUGGUGGACUGGGUUCAAUACUAAAUCAACUAGGGAAAAAGAAGAAAUUGUCUGUUCUCGAAAAAUCCCAAAUGGAUUGGAAGAGUUUUAAGCAAACAGAGGGAAUAGAUGAACAAUUGCAAACAUUUAACAAAGGCAAGGAUGGCUAUUUGGAACGUCAGGACUUUUUACAACGCACCGAUAUACGACAAUUUGAAAUUGAAAAGAAUUUACGACAAAGUACCAGACGUCCUCAUUAAUUUUGUCCAGAAUUAUAUUUUAAGUUUAUAUUACUAUUUGAAAUUACUUAUACUAUUAGACUCUAAAUUACCAACUAUUUACAAUCAUUUAAUAAUACAAUCUUACAAAUAUGUACUUGUUUAUAUUGUAUAUCAUUUGAAAUAUAUUCCAUUUUCUUUUUAAGUUUAAUAUUUUAUCAGCCGGAAAUAAAAAUCUUUUAGCGAACAUUUUUUAAGGUACAUUUAGAUUAUUGGAAAUUUCUCUCUAUUAUGCAAAAAAUCCUAUAUGAUCUUACUAGACUUGUAAGAGCAAAGUACUGUACGCAAAAUAAAAUAUAAUUAUUAUUUA